GUACCCGAUGCACUUUUACCUUGAACAACAUUCUUUGUGACGUAGAACUCAUAUUUGCUUAUCAACACAAAAAGUGCAAACAAGUUUUGACAGCGAAACUUAAAUUUACUUCAUUCAUUUUUUUCUCUCAAGCGCCCUAAAUAUGUCGCAACAAGGGGCUGCUUUACAGAGUUACAAUAACGAACUCGUGAAAUGUAUAAAUGAUCUGUGUCAAAAGAGGGAUGAUCUUCAUAAACAAAUUCUUCAAGAAGAGGAGGAGAAACAAAAGUUACAAAAUGACAUUAGAAUCCUUACAGAGCGAUUAGCCAAAGUCAAUGAAGGUCUUAGUAAAAAGAUGGCUUCCAGAAAUGAAUUUGAUAAGACUAUCGCUGAAACUGAAUCAGCGUAUAUGAAGAUUUUGGAGAGUUCACAGACUUUACUGAAUGUAUUAAAACGAGAAUCCCAUACUCUAAAGGACAAAGGAGGACAGAGCACCAGAGUCCAUUCCCAGGUCUCAUAGACACAUCAGCUGAUAACAGAAUGAUCUUUGAGCUUUUAACAUUGGGGUGAUAUCUCACACGGCAUUGACGAUUGUUUUCACCAUUCUAAUAAGUCAUGACAAUUAUACAUUAUUUUUUAUAUGUUUUUUUAAAGUCAUUCUGUGUAAACUUGUGACAUUUGGCAUCCUUAAAUUUUGAUACAAUUGUUUUUAAACCUUUUCAAUCACGAAAUUUGAAUUAUUUAUUAUUCGAGAAAUCAAUGGAAGUGGGUAUUUCAUGAAUGUGCCUUAAAAAAUAUGAUCAGAGAAUUAGUUCUACUGCAUGUAAUUAAGUGGCGCUGAAAAAUUUCAUGUUUUGAAACAGAAUUCAAACAAAAUGUGUUUAGUUAUGAGCAUACUUUUUACAGCGUUGCUGUUCUUCUAUGCCUUCAAAUGACGAAUUGUCCAUUCAGAUCAUCCAUGUUGUUAUAUUUCAGUAGUUCUAAAAUACAUGUUCAGUAGUAGAUCUCUUACACCGUGUGAAGUGUGAUUGAAGGUCAUGUAUUUCAUUACCCCAUCAGUAGUACUAUAGUCUGAUUCGUGCUAUACAGAGUGCUUUCCAUAAUCCUGUGAUAUUUAUACUCUCGUCCAUGCACUCCUAGCGACUGGUUAUUGCACAUAAGUUUGAAAUAUACAUGCACCUGUAAUUUUCUCUUUUAAUUGGUAGAAAGUAAUGGUCGACUAAGAUCUUGUAGGGAAAAAAAUGAAAAUGAUUCUGUGAUUAGACUAAAGAUUUUCAUUGAAAUAUUUAUUGUCUUUAAGUUAGAAAAAUGAAUCAAAAUCUGUUGCAAGGGUUUAAGAAAUGGAUAAAUUUAAAAUAAACACAAAACUUUUUUUCAUAUUUGAGUUGGAACUUAAACAUUUUCAAUCUAAUUUUUUUUUAAUCAAACACCCAAGUCUAUCAUUCCAAGAUGAAAAAGUUGUAAAAAAAACUACUUUUUCUCAGAUUUAUUAGGGAACAUGAGUUUUUCUGCAUAUUUUUGUACUACAAAUAAUACAUGUUUGUUUAUUGUAUUAUAUAUAUAUUUUUAUGUUGACUGAUAUUGAAUGGUACGAAACAUCAAGGGAUCUUAACACUCAAAUUCAUUGUACAAGAAAUUUUCAAAAUUGUUAACAGCUACCAAGAUUUGGACAUCUUAAAUGUGUCUUAGGACUAUUUUAUUUGAUAGAAUAAGCUGUGGAAAGUUUAUUAUUUAUUGUGGCACAGUGCAAAGUGUUAAAGUCUCUAUAGGUUGGAUACCUGUUUUUGUAUGAUAUUUUGAACAUAAAAAUAAAAGUGAUACAUAAA